AUGGCUGAUCCAUUCUCCAUAGCUAGCGGCGUUGCUGGCAUCGUUUCUCUAGGCAUUACUAUUUGUAGUGGCCUCGACACAUACUUCAGCGCUAUCAAAGAUCGAGACGAUGACUUGAAACGCGCUUCUGAGCUACUGAGCCUGCUUCGCAGAUACAUCGAGCUCAUUCGGCCGAGUGCGUCGACACUAAGUAGCCGCCAUGCCCAAGCUACCGAUCUCGUUGUCCUAGCACUAGGAUCUUGCGAAGGUGAGCUUCGGGCUCUAAAGGAACUCGUCGAAAAUUUGAAGAAGGUUGAUGGCGCUUCGGAUGUGGCACGCAAGUGGGACAAGUCAAAAUCAGUCAUCACCUACCCGUUCCAACGGAAGAAGUUGACUCAGAUUCAAGAUCAGCUCCUCAAAGCCACGGGAGCCCUGGGAACUGUUAUUCAAGCGUUGAUCCUACAUGUUGGUGUGAGUGUCGGUGACGAUCUCGAGGCGUUCAGAACCGCCGUACAGGAUAACCACUUGGUUACGGCGGGCUUUUUAACGAGAAUCGAAUCCAAAGUUGAGAGAGUUGAAGUGUCUACUCAACAGACAGAAGAAAGGCUCACGGCAAUUUCGACUGGACUUGAGGAACGAAAGGCCCUGGCAUCCAACAGCCAGACACUGGUCAAAGAUACUAGCCUCGUGGUCUCAGGAAAGCUGGAUGCAAUCGCAGAAGGUCUUCGACUUGGUCGGCAAUCCCAGACCGCUGGCAUAUCACAACAAAAGGACAUUCCACGGUACUUGAGAAACUCCAUGAUCGAAAUGAAAUGCAUUCAAGAUACCGCCACGGGAAUUUGUCCCUGCCAGGGACAGAAAGACAAAAUAAGACAACAGCCACUAACGACGUAUCGAUUUUGGGGAGGUCUAGCCAUUUCUUACCAGUCAAUGUCGAAGGGACAUCAUCAGCCCGGGUGCUGUUUCUACAAGAGGUGUACAAAGACCACCAUCACUUACACUGGCUUGCGCUUCCUCCUCUCCAAGGUUCUCAGCUUCUCUUUGCAGCGCGAUUAUCAAUGUGGCAGCUCUUUAACAACACACUCGCUGCGAACAUACAAUAUCAGGGAAACGAGUCAAGCCUUCGGCGUCUUCAAUGACGACGGAUAUAAACGCUUUGGAAUUGACCUAAAAACACUCGUCCAGGAGGAUAUCAAAGGACUACAACUCGCUUACAGUUCUGGGAAGGCGUCGCCCUUUGACGUUGACAAGUUUGGUCGUAAUGUCGCCCAUCUAUGCGUUCUGAGCUAUAAGGAUUGGAUGGGAAGGGUAGGGGCUACAAAGAGCUCUGACGGCCCUGAGGGCCUCAAGAUGAUAUUACGGUUCCUGCAACAGGUAGGCGUCAAUGUCUAUGCAGGUACCGACUCCGACAGCUCGAUGAUGCAAUUUGUCUUAAGAAAGCAUAGAUACGUGACUCUGGGUCCAGUCUAUGAUGUUCUUGCGAACUCCGAGUCGCAGUUUGAUCUUGAACAAGACUAUGAAAGCACUCUCACCAAUCACUCAAAGCGCUGGUUUGUAGAUGUGCUGCAAGAGCGCCCUGACAUUAUGGAAGGGCUGGGCUAUAAACCCCUUUUUCUGGCCGUGGCAAAACGAGAUGAAGCAAAACUCAUGGAGCUUAUCGAAAGUAUCAGGUUUGCAGAGUAUUUGCGCGAGACCGACCUUUUUGGACAAAACAUCGUGCACUUUUGCUUGAACUGGGAAACUGGUCUCCGACUCUUGCUCGAGGAAGAGGCCACACGCCGCCUGGUGAACCAGCCUGAUGCAGCAGGAAAUACGCCUUUGAUGGAUGCACUAGCGUUUAGCGAGCACGCCUGCCAGAAGCCCGGUGGGCCAGAUUUGUGCUCCAGCUGCCGCUGCUCUACUGCCAUCAAGCUGCUUCUUGAGACAGACUGCCCCAUGGGACUCGAUUUGAUCGCCGACCCGCCCGGACUUGGAGUUUUUCGGAAAGCUAAGAUAGCUCUGCUUGAGCACCUUGCGCAGAGGCGAGAGCGGCUACAACAACUGGCAUUGAACUACCUCUCUGAAUCAGAGCUUCGAGAUCUUGGGGUCUCUCCAAACGAACUACCUGACAUCACAGCCCCCGCGAUCUGGGACAGGCUGCAGUCGCUUCAUCAAAGCGGUGUCGUAAAGAUACUCCACAAGGGUCUGGAUCCUUUGACGGAAACCCAACUUUCGGGCCGUGUUCAGCAAGGAAUCUUCCAUCUCUUAGACGACCCUAGAGAUGCCGAGUCCAUUAUUCCUUGUCCCUGCACUACUGAGGAGCUAUCACGGCCUCUGCACCACAUUGUGGCCUCGUCACUGAGUUAUAUGGGCGUGCCCGUUCGGUCACACAUCCGAACCAUAUCUUUCGCACACCAACCCGCCCUGGCCAUGUAUCUCCUUGCAUAUCUCAGCAUUAUUGCUAGUGAUGUGGACGUAACUUACCUCGCGAAAUCAAUCAUCCGUGUUCUGACCAUGGAGGCCCUAAGUAUCAGCCACUUACCACAGUGUCGUGAGUGGCCCAUAUACUCUAGGGAGAGGUUCCAGGAGGUAAAAGAGGAAGAGGAAUGGGAUGCCAUGCUUGACGAGGACCCAAUCUUGAUCGAAAAACUUAACGAUCUGUGCCAAGGGUUUGAGCAAGAAUUCUCGAACCAGAAUCUCUCUAUCGAGGACUUCUUGCAGCUUCAUUGGCACCCUAGGAUGCGCCAAGUUCGCCGUCAAAUUCGCAGGGAGCACAAGGCAGUGGACGAAGACUACAGAAAGGAGCUUCGCGAGAUUGGCGUGGUUUUGGUUGACGAGUCUGAACCGCAUGUGAAUUCCGGUUCGCAUGACACAUCCGAGUCUGAUGAUGAUUCCGGGGAGGAUGACUGA